UAUUGGUGUGUGUGUCCAUGAAGGCCAGUUGCAUGCGCUGACGGAGUACAUCAAUGGGGGAAGUCUGGAGCAGUUGCUAGACAGCGAUGUGUACCUGUCCUGGUGUGUGAGGAGGGGCCUUUCGCUGGACAUCUCUAGGGGCCUCCAGUACCUGCAUAGCAUGGGCAUAUUCCACAGAGAUCUAACCUCCAAGAACUGUCUGGUGCGCUGCGACAGCGGGCUCUUCACCGUCGUGGUGGGGGACUUCGGUCUGGCAGAGAAGAUUCCAGACUACAGUGACGGAGUGAAGAAGCAGCCUUUGGCCACCGUGGGCUCCCCCUACUGGAUGGCCCCAGAAGUUCUCAGAGGAGAGUUCUAUAAUGAGAAGGUGGAUGUGUUUGCAUACGGGAUCAUCCUUUGUGAGAUCAUAGCCAGGAUUGAAGCUGAUCCGGACUUCCUACCCAGAACUGAGGACUUUGGACUUGAUGUAGAGUCGUUUGAGAACUUGAUCGGGGACUGUCCACAAGCUUUCCUUAUGCUGGCUGUAACCUGCUGCAAUAUGAGUGCGGUUCAGCGGCCUGCGUUUUCCGAAGUUGUGUUGACGCUCGAGGUGAUGCAGGAUGAAGGGGGGGAGAGCGAUGAUCCUAUCACUCUGGACCCCGUUGUCGUGGAGACCAGUCCUGACCGGCGCGGCUCAUCCUCUCACCCGGCCGACCGCCAGCCCCAACGCUUGGCCCGGAGCCAGUCGGAUGCUUCGCCAGCGGCGACCGUGACCCCCAGCCACGCCCCUGCGGCAGCUCCCGGGACCCCGGCGCGGGUCAACCCCUUCUCCAGCCGGCGGGACCUCAACGGCGGCCGCUGCAAGCUGCUGGACACGCCCAGCAUGUCGGUCAUCUCCCUCAGCUUCUCCCUGCCCGCCCCGCCCCUCCGGCCCUCGCCGCUGUCGCCCCACGCCCACCACCCCGGGGCGGGGCGCAGGAGGAGCGGCCCCCCCAGGAGGUGUCUGUCCCUGCCCUCCACCCCGGACCUGGGCGGGCUGGCGGCCGGCUCGCGAUGGAAUCACCAGGACGUGUGGAAGGAAGGGACAGAGCUUCCACCGGUGGCGCCCCAGGCCGGGCUCACGGACGGGUCCUCCCCUGGGGAGGCUCUGGGGGUGGAAGAGCAGCGGGACCGGGGGCCGACCGCAGGGGAGGAGGACGUAGGGGCCACACAAGUGUCGACGGAGGACUCUGCUCUGGAGACGCUGUCCCUGGAGCGCCUAGAGGAGGAACCGGAGGAGCAGGAGGAGCCGGAAGAGCAGGAGGAGCCGGAAGAGGGCGGGGAGGCGGAGGGUCUCAGUGAGGCCAUGGACUGCACCAAGUCCCCCGAGGCUGAGGGCGGAGCCCCCACAGCCAGCAGGCCCCUGCGCACCUCCUCCUCCUACUGCCCCCUGCAGGCCAACGGCUGGCCCCUCCCCAUCUCCAACGGGCCGCCCUCUCUGCCCCCCCUGCCUCGCGUGGACAACAACAACGGCCCGUCGCCGGCGUGCGUGAUGGGACGGCAGGUCCGGUGGGGGGGGCUGGGGGCCGGGUGGGGGCUGAGCGGCUACUGGGGCCCCCCCCACCGAGCAGGACCCGGGCGUGUCCUGCCCCAGCUGCUGCCUGGUGGGCCUGGCCCUGCCGUCCGCCCGGCCCUGGACCAGCUCCCUGCUGCCCCAGCUGCGCCGCCCCCCCCCUCGCCACAACCUCAACGGUGCGCGGACCGCCGCCUCCCCGGCCGGACCCUCAUGCUCGGCAAGCUCCGCCCCCCGCACCCUGAUGGGUCGUGGGGCCAAUGGACUGGGGGCCGCGGUGGGGGCGCCACGGGGGCGGGGCCUGACGCUGCCUGAGGCUCAGACCUGAGCACGCCACACUCACAGUUGCAUGGGGGGGGGGGGGGGGGGGGGGGGCUACAGUCUGCUGCUACAGGGGCUUUGAAUGUGUGACGGCAACCAGCCACUCCAUAGAGAUGUUCACACGAGACCACGACCACGGGGAGAGUGGACAGACCGAGCGAAGGACACACGAGCUGCAAUCCAAGCUGAAGACAGGCUGGGUCGUAGGCCGCCCCUCAUGGUGUUAAGCAAUAUACUAGUACUGGACCAAAUAACACUUUGUAUACGGCUGUGUCUCCUGUCCCGACCCGAGUCCAGCUGUGCUGAACUGUUUUACCGCUGUGCUCCAUUCGGCGCUGGUCUAUAUUUGUACUGAUUGCUUACAACUAUUUGUCAGUGCAUUUGCGCACGUUAGUUUCAGUAAAAGUAUUUUUGCUAUAUUAACUUUUGAUUAUCUAAGGAAAGGCCAACAUUUUCUCAAACUGAUUUUCUAUAAGGUGAAUGUCUUCUUUUACACUGUGUUUGGAAUAUGACUUGGAUGAUGAAAAACGAAUAAUAUCAAUGUCUCAAUACUAUUUAAUAUGUUCAUUUGAGGUGUGUGUGUACGCGCGCAUGUGUGUGUGCGCGGGUUAAUCAAAUGGAAUUUUAAAGGAUACAUUUUUAUGGAGGUGUUGGAAAACCGUAGUCUAAUGUGCGCGUGCGUUUCUGUUGUUCAUUUGUUAGUCAGAAACGUCAUGGGAUGAUGUGCAGCAGAUAACCAUUAAACCAUAAUGUCCUUCCUGUGUGUUCCAGUUCCCGUUGGUAUGUGCGUUAUUAUUUUAGUCACAUGAAGCUCCCCCACUCCUUA